AUGUGUGAUGUGAAACAGCGAUUUACCUUAGUAGACGUCGGAGCCAAUGGAAGACAAAGUGGUGGCGGGAUAUUCAAGAAGUUCAACAUGGGGAAAGCUCUAGCAAGCCAAACUCUUAAUUUCCCUCCGCUAAGGCCUUUAUACAAGGGUCUCAACAUUUUAAAACCCUUUCCUGAGUGUGAAGAAUUAUCAAUUCCGGAAGCUAUUUUUAACUGCCAUCUUAGAAGAGCUCGUAAAUCAAUCGAAUGUGCUUUUGGAAGACUAGCAUCUAAAUGGCGUAUACUCCGUAGGCCAAUUUCCGAAAGAGUCUCCAAGAUUGUCGAGGUUGCUUUAGAAGCAAUAUAUUUGCGUAACUGA